AUCCAAACACCCCCGCAUUCAAUCUAAAGCAUUCGCUGAAUACCCACCCACAUACCCAAUCAACCAACCAUGCACUCUACCAACGCAGCCACCUCUACUUCGUUCACCACCGCCACCAUCGUGUGCGCGUCGCUCGAACACUCGUCCCCGACGGGAACCACCACCCACAACGAGUCAGACUCGAACACUUGCGUCAACCAUAGUUCUCCCCAGUGCUGCCAUUGCGGCUGGCGCGGUUCCCAUGCCGCAGACUGCCCAUUCAGGUGA